AUGGUGGCAAAAGGAACUCGGCACUUCUCCAAGAAUCCUGACACUGAAACUUACCGGAUCAAGUCCCAGUCUUUGACAACCGACGUCUUCACUGGCUUCAUAGCAGCCGUGAAGCAGUUCGGUUGGAGAGACAUCUGGAAGCAACUCAGACAGUGCAAGGAGGCCAAGGUUGGAACUUUGGUCGGAACAGACAAAUUUGGGAACCGGUAUUACGAGAACAGAGAAGAUCAGUACCUGCGCGACAGAUGGGUCGUCUAUAACACCGAAAAAAUCCACAUGGACUAUGAUCCAGCUCUGGUGCCGCCAGAGUGGCAUGGUUGGCUGCACCAUAUCACCGAUACCACCCCAGAUGAGAUCAAGAGGAAGCACGGAGAUGCGAAGUUCUUGACCGAGAAACAGUACAGUGAGGAGAAGCAGACUGGGCGAGAUGUGAACUACAAGAACCCUGGGCAUCUCCUUGGAGGAAGAGCGCGUGGUGACGGUUAUUUGUCCAAGUCUGGCAGCGUCCGACCUGCAUUCGAACCCUACGAUCCCAAAGCUGAUAAUUACGUUUAA